ACGUUAUUCAAAAGGCGUGACAUUCACAUAGCAACGUGAAAUGUCAAAGUGAAAAAAAACCGAAGUACAAUUCGGCCAUUUAAUUUUUGCUCCCAGUGGCAUACAGAGCGUUUUCGCGUACCCGUAACUCGAAUUUAAAUACAAAAAAACGUAAAAAUGUCGGGAAGCUCGGAUCUUCUAGCCCUCAAAGAGGAUGACGUUACAAAAAUGUUGGCCGCUACCACCCAUGUCGGCUCGGACAAAGUCAACUUCCAAAUGGAACAAUAUGUUUUCAAACGCCGUCCAGACGGUGUUCACAUCAUCAACUUGGGACGUACUUGGGAAAAAAUCUGCUUGGCUGCUCGUGCUAUUGCUGCCAUCGAAAAUCCACAAGAUGUUUUCGUCAUUUCAUCCCGUUUGUAUGGUCAACGUGCUGUCUUGAAGUACGCUAACUACACUCAAGCAACACCAAUUGCUGGACGUUUCACUCCCGGUGCAUUCACCAAUCAAAUUCAAAAGGCUUUCCGUGAACCACGUCUUUUGGUUGUCACCGACCCAUUGACCGACCAUCAACCAAUCAUUGAAGCUUCAUACGUUAACAUCCCAGUCAUUGCUUUCUGUAACACUGACUCACCAUUGAAGUAUAUCGAUAUUGCAAUUCCAUGCAAUACCAAAUCAACUCACUCAAUUGGUUUGAUGUGGUGGUUCCUUGCCCGUGAAGUUUUGCGCAUUCGUGGACAAAUUUCACGCAAAGAACCAUGGAACGUUGUUGUCGAUUUGUUCUUCUACCGUGAUCCAGAAGAAACUGAAAAGGAUGAAGUUGCUACCAAAGAGCCAGCAGCCAUCGAAGCAGCUCAUGUUCCAGAGCCGGUUGAUGAACAAAGUGAAUGGAUCGAUGACACACCAAAAUUACCAAGUGUCGCACAACCAGAAGAUUGGAAUGACGACGAAACUGUUCCAGCACCAAAAGCCAGCUGGGGUGGUGGCGGCGGUUUCUAAUUUGACAACAUUUGUACAAUUGUUGACAAUUUGAAUUUCCAUAUUUACAUAACUGCAUUUAUGUAUCAAUAAAAAAAAUCAUUGAAUUUUUUCAAUAAACAUGUAAAUGCACAGAAAGUAA